UGUGAUAAACGUUUCUGUUCAGUAGAAAGUUGUUUCCUUUUGGGUAUGGCUACUAUUUUGGACCCACGUUUUAAAAAAGUUUAUUUUCAAGACCAUUAUCCAAGAUGCUGAAGUAUAUAUCUAAUGAGAUCAAACAAACACAGACCCUGAGCUCCGGUGAUAGUUCAUCUGAUACAGACAUCACAACAGUAGAUGAACCUCAAGCAUUCAAUUUGUGGCAAGAUCAUGCUAAAUAUGUUCAACAGUCUACCAGCCGCAAAUCCCAUAGAGGACAGUUACAGGAUAGUGAAUUUCCCUCCGAACUAAAUUUAUAUCUGAAAAGUAGUCAUGCUCGACUAUCAGAUGAUCCGUUACUAAUAUGGAAGGAUAUGUGCAAAGUAUAUCCUAUAUUAUCAAAAGUGGCUGUUAAAUAUCUAAUACCUGUUGCGACGUCUGUCCCAAGCGAAAGAUUAUUUUCUAAAGCAAGAUUGACAUUAAAUAAACAAAGGAAUCGUCUUACUUCGAAACAUUUAAGUCAAUUACUAUUCUUACAAUCGUUAGACGAUGCUUUUUGGUUUAACCAAUACGUAAUGGUACGAGAAGAGGACGAAGAAUAA